CUGCUUUUAGCCAGCACUUUUUUUUAUUUCCAGUUGCAGCCAUCAUCUCGAACUGUUGGUUUUGAUGUGGAGGUACUAGGGUGGACAAAAUCAGAAGUCACACGCAAUCAUAAGGUUUAUUUGAAAUCACAGCGCUGCUCCUUCGUCAGGUGGUGACUUUGUCGUUUUUGAAAUCGCAAUGUCCUGUACUGAGACACUCGGCCCACUUCCACGCCAAGCUCAGUUGCAGUGCCUGGUGUGUUUUUUAUUGUGUGUAAAAUAAAAUCAAUAAAUGUGAGGGACAUAGUAGAAAGAAGAACAAGAACAACAUAUUGCACAAAAACCAAGGAUGGCAGGCUGAGCGGUAACGUACAGCGUAAGAAGGGAGAAAUGGGGAGGGCUAAUUUUCAUCUCAUCUGCUGAGUGACUCAAACAUCGGAUUGGGGUCCUGCCAGAAGACCCGGUGAAUCGCAAGUUGUUGAAAUAAUGCAGUCGGAGCUACGUAUUCGUCUUAAUGACGACGGAUAUAAAAACUGGAUUAAAGCGGGCCUCUGUCUGCAGAAAACUCGAAAUUGUCUGAUUGGCUUUGUUAUCAGCGAAAUGGAGAAAUUCCACCAAUUUCUCCUUCACGCUAACUCGUUGCUGUGGCGAGAAAUUUGCAAGAAUUCUUGCCGUCCGCAAGGAACAAAAUUUCAGGGGGCAUGCGAUUUAUGUGAAGAAUGGAAGACAGAAAUUCUGAAGCACCAUACAAAUCAGAACAAUGUGUUAUACUGGGGCAACUGUUCUCCUCCACUGUGGCCAAAGCAGGCUUGGGAAGUGGCAAAAGUCUACAUGCCUCAUGGACAGGCCAACACACGCGGGCCAGAAAAAUGUGAUGUGGCAGCUCUGUUAAAUCUUAUUAUUUCAUGUGACUGGUUUGAUUUCGUUGAACGGCAAAAAGUAAUUGAGAUAAUUAAAUGUCGCAAUGUCCUGAUGCAUUCUGUCGAAAUGAGGGUGUCUACUGAAUGGUUAGAUAACUACAUACAGAAGACCGUUGUACUUCUACAGGCAUUUCAACACAUCCGUGAAGCAAAAACAGCUAUCAGAAUUAUACAAGAGAUUGCUUCAUCGGACUGGCAAGUGCAGCUAACGGAAACUGAUGCAGUGGAUGCAGUGAAGUUUACAGAUGAGAUAGAUGCUGGAGAGAUCUUAAAUGCUGAAUUAGAACUACUUAGAGAAUGGAUGCAGGAGUUGCGUUUCACAAUGGAAGAACAAGAGGGUUUGGACAUGCAGCAUUUAAACAGUCUGAAUACAUUCAAAGAAUUUUUGAAGCAAAACGAGGAACUUAAAAAUGUGCUUCACGAAGAGGUUCAGCAGUUGUAUGCUGUUGAGAAAAGGUGGAAAAAUGGUGUGCAGACUGUGAAAGAUCAAGAUUCAGUGAAAUGGAAUCUGAAGGAAAAUGAAGGUAUAAAGACGACAUCAUGAUGCUGAUACUUGUAUCACUAAUUGCAUGUGGAUUUGUAGGUGGAAACAGUGUUGCAUCUGUGCUGAUGGAGUCAGAAGACAAACUGUGAUUCUACACAAUGGUUCAUUGUUGGUCCAGAAUGAAGAGUACUACUGCUUGUCAUUAUUAAACAGUUACCAAGGCACACUUGGUCCUAGUGUGGACUGAGGAUAUUAAUGGAGAAUAAUUAGUGGGUUGUUGCAUCAUAAGUGAGAAAUCAGAAAGAGAUUUCAUUAUUCUCAAGGACCAGUCUGUAAAAUGCAUUUGUCAAACAUGUAUAUCGUUAGGAUAAUGGUUUAGUUUAAUCUUUUAUGAAUAAAACUUUUAUUCCUUUUUA